CCGGCCCCGGGACGACGCAGGCGUCCGCGUCCUGCUGGGACCCGGCACACGUUGUUCGGUGUUUGCUCUUUGUCUGAUCCUCUUUGGAAAUGUCUGGGGGGAGAAGACGCAUCUUCUUGGAGGUCAAGUUCUUCCUGCCUUUGUCUCUUUGUUGCUAGUUUGUAUCCUUUGAGUCUUCAACUGCAACAUCUAAAUCAAGGUUUGGAGUAGCAUUUUGUAUGCAGAGGGUUUCACCGGCUCUCAGUAGUCUUAAGUCACAAAGUUUUUCUGGCUCUCCCUCAAUGUAUGGCUCUUCUGGAAAACCUUCCUCCUCUAUUAUCAAGGGCUGCAGUAUUAUUAUUUGCAUCAGAUGUUAGGGGAUUGUGUGUUAGCAGAGCUUCAGCAUCUGUCCUCAAUCUCAACUGCUGCCUGGUCCUUCUACCGAUGUGCCGUGUUCUCUUGGCCUUCCUGCGAGGAUCUCAGAAGGUUGUCAGCAGGAAAACCAGAAGGCUGCUAGAUAAAAGUAAAACUUUCCAUGUGAUGUGUGGUGUUACAAUAUGCAUCUUUUCAGUCUUACAUGUUGCUGCUCAUCUGGUGAACGCUCUUAACUUCUCUGAGAACUACAGUGAAGACUUUCUGGCACUCAAUGCAGCGAACUAUCGUGGUGAGGACCCGAGGAAACUGCUUUUUGCUACUGUUCCAGGUCUGACUGGGGUCGUUAUGGUGUUAGUAUUAUUCCUGAUGUGCACAGCUUCUACGUAUGCCAUCAGGGUUUCAAACUAUGACAUCUUCUGGUAUACACACAACCUUUUCUUUGUCUUCUAUAUGCUGCUGAUGCUGCAUGUUUCUGGGGGAGUGCUCAAGUACCAAACCAACUUAGAGGAACACCCUCCUGGUUGCUUCAAUCCUAACAAAACACUCCGAGAGAAUACGACGGUGCCAAAAACUUUUGAAGAGACGUUUCCUGACUAUACUACUGAGCCUUUCCCAGAGGACUUAUCAGUACCAGAACCCUUUGUGCAAAAUAACUUUAUGAGAAUUUGUUCUGAGGAACCCAAGUUCCAGUCACACUUCCCAGAGACCUGGUUUUGGAUUUCUGGUCCUCUGUGCUUGUACUGUGUGGAAAGGCUGUACCGCUACAUCCGCAGCAAUAAACCGGUCACAAUAACUUCAGUGAUAAGCCAUCCCUCCAAUGUCCUUGAAGUAAGGAUGGUGAAAGGCGACUUUAAAGCAAGGCCUGGUCAGUAUGUUAUUCUACAUUGUCCAAGAGUGUCCGCACUGGAAAGCCAUCCAUUCACCCUUACAAUGUGCCCUACAGAUACCAAAGCAACGUUUGGGGUCCACCUUAAAGUAGUAGGAGACUGGACAGAAAGAUUUCGGGAUUUACUGCUUCUACAUUCAAACCAAGAUGCAGAGAUUCUGCCCAUCUUUCAGCAGAGGCGCUAUCCCAAACUGUAUGUGGAUGGACCUUUUGGAAGUCCCUUUGAGGAAUCCCUGAACUACGAGGUCAGCCUCUGCGUGGCUGGAGGUAUUGGAGUUACACCAUUUGCAUCAGUACUCAACACACUGCUUGACGGCUGGAAAUGCUACAAGCUGAGAAGACUCUACUUCAUUUGGGUGUGCAGGGACAUUGAAUCUUUCCGCUGGUUUGCAGAUCUGCUCUGUAUGUUGCAUAACAAGCUUUGGCAGGAGAAUCGACCAGACUAUAUAAACAUCCAGCUGUACCUCAGUCAAACAGAUGGAAUACAGAAAAUAAUUGGUGAAAAAUAUCAAGCUUUAAACUCAAGGCUUUUGAUUGGGCGGCCCCGGUGGAAGCUUCUUUUUGAUGAAAUAGCAAAGUGUAACAGGCGGAAGACCAUUGGAGUUUUUUGUUGUGGGCCAAACAAAAUCUCUAAGAUACUUCAUAAACUGAGCAACAGCAGCAACUCUUAUGGGACAAGGUUUGAGUACAAUAAAGAAUCCUUCGGCUGAAAGUCUGUUGGACUAGCAAGACUGUCUAGAAGAUAAAAGUGCAAUUUUUUCUUUGUACAACUUAAAAGUUCAGCAGUGGCUUAAACAGACAGAAAUGUACCAAAGAAUAGCACGUAUUUUCUUAUUUAUGAUUAUUUAAGUCUUUGGAAAAUGAUGGGCACAGCAGUAUACCAACAAAUAAUAAGUGCGUAUGCUCAAAGCCAAAUGCGCUCGCACAAUAUCUGUGGCAGCCGUGAUUCUUUGGAGUUGUUUCUGUUAAUUAAAAAGUGCAGAAGCUGGGGAGAGACACAGUUGCUUUAAAAGCUAAUGGAAGAAGAAUCUUUGGAACGUUUGAACUUCUUCCGCUGCAAUCCUCUGAAGCUGGAUCAGUAAACCAAACCCCAGGUUAAUCCAAAUGACAAAACGUAGCGUAUUACAAUGACCUAUUGCUUUUGUUGGUAUACAAAUCUCAUGGCUUUCGGGUGGAAAUACUCCAUAUUAAAUAUUUUAUACAUUGCAGGAUCGGGAUUCUGUAUUUAAAAUAUAGCGUUACUCUCACUAGUCUACUUCUGUAAUGGAUGUGAAAAUUCCCACCCUGAAUGGAAGAGAGGGUGGAAUACGGGGAAAGAUGUAAGUUGACCUGUGGAAAAGCGAGCGCAACUGUGUAACACCUGUGGGCAGCCUCUGCCGUGAUGUAAAUCACAGCCUUUUGGCAGGCAAACAGCUGUACGUGAAGAACUCUUUAUCUUGCAUCGACUCAGCAUUCAGUGAGUUUGCAAAAUAAGUGUGAUUUAUGCGGCCAGAAAGAUGGAGCAAGAAAAGCAAUUAACAGGAGCAGACAGGAUAUGAUGUUUUAUUAUACCACAUGCUCAACGUGGAAGUUGCACUCGUUCUGCACUCACAUGCCUUGAAUGUCAAGUACUUCAAGCACUCAGAUUCUCUUACCAAUUAUUUUACAAUGCAGCAGGUUGAAAACCCAUUUUAGAGGUGCCAGAGUAUGUUUGGUUGACUGUGACCCUUUGAGUACCUUCCCUGCAGUCAUACUUGUUUGCCCUGGUGUCACUGAAAGCAGGAUCAGGCCAGUGGCUUUUUUGCAUCAUGUGUGCAGAUAGAAACUUUGCAGAAGCUGCAGCAUGGUUUCAGUAUGUUCCAAAGGGGAGGAUCUGAAACAUCCAAACUGAAUCUCCCCUUCCCUUCUCCCCACAGCUGUUUUCCACUCUGCUCAUUGUUGCCAUGGAAGGGCUAGGUGUUGAAACAGGCACUUUAAAACUUUUUGGUUCUGAGAUGCAGCCUUUUUUUCCUCCAUCCAAUGGCUGAUCCAACUUCCUAAAUUUUUUUUUUACCCCUAUUGCCUUAUUUUGUUGAGAAGACUUUUAAGCAGCGUCAGGCACUUAGCUGGCAUAAAUAGGCACCAUUCUGGUGCAUCUUAAUAAAGCAGCGUUGCUUUACACUUGCUGACAACCUGCCCCUUAAUCUCCAGCAAAAGCUUGGGAGCAAUAUCCUGUAGUGUUUGCAGCACAUGCAGAUGUAAGAUGGCUCAGCAUCUCUCAUGCCCAUGGUUCACCUGUAUUUAGCAUAGUGCGUUUGAUUCAGUUUACAGCUCUUCAAUGAUACCUUUUUUAUUUUAGUAGGAAAGACACUAAUUUUCAGCUCGCAACAAACUCUGUACAGGGGUCUGCAAGUAUCAAUAUCAGUGUUCAGAGGGAAGCAUUUUUCUGGGAGGUGGUGUAUAGGCAUGUUGUAUGUGUAACUAGUGAAAAUGAGUUUGGUCUUUGCCUUGGCAGCUUCUGCUCAGGAGUUGCCCUCAGUGGAGCAGCAGGAUGGAGGCGCAGCAAUGAAGCCAUUUUGAGACUUGUUUCUCAGCGUUUGGUCUUUGCACUGAAGUUUUACCUCUGGCUCUGCCCAAUUUGAAAUUCAGAGAAGGAAAGAGCCAGAAAUGGACAUAUUUCAACUGAUGAGAAUUCUCAAAGUAGCCUAGAGGAGAGAGAAGCCAAAACAGAAAUGCAGUGUGAGAUGGGAGCCUACAUUGCAGCUACUGAUUCUAAUUUUUUUUUUUUUUUGGGGGGGGGGAGGGGCUGGAUCAUUAUUUUCCCAUUGGAUCUCGUUCAGCCAUCACUGUAAAACUGGGGGCAUGCAGAAAAGCAUUAGAUCCUUUUUAGUCAUUAGUAUUUCUUUCUAAUAGUGCCUCCAUGGGCUUUAUAAUACACAUAACACUGAUGGCAAAAUGCAUAGAUAUCAGGUAUUGCCAAUACUACAGGCUUUUUUGUUGGCUGCCAGUUAGCUUAAAGCAUGAUUAAAAUAAUGACUGCAUCUAUUAGCAGUUGGACUCGAUGAUCUUAAGGGUCUUUUCCAACCUUAAUGAUUCUAUGAUUCUGUUAACCACAGCCAGACAGUGAUCUUUUUCCUCCUGUUUUAGGAUCUAGUAUCUAAUGGUUUUUAAAUACAGUUUAGAAGUCAUCUAAUCACAAUGUUAUUUGUGGUUUCAACGUCUCCUUUCUGACAGAUAUUGGUUCCGUUAUCGUAUAACGAGCAGCUGGUUCUGGGGUUAGCUCUGUGCUAAAACAGAUUAUAUUUUCUGGCUCAGCUCCUAUAUAGGUAGUGCCUUAUAAUUAAAAUAUUAAUAAUAGUACUGUGCUCUUGUUUUCCAUUGCAGCAGGAGCUGACACUACAUGUAGGCAUUGUUAAAUGGCUGUCGUUACAUCAGGCAGUGCUGUCAGAGCAAGAUGCAAGCAGAGCCAGGGUCUCCUCUUUUUAUCUUUGUCCUGUACCCACCUCGGCUGACUCACUUGUAAAACAGGCUUGGGACUGUCUACCUUUCUGGAGUGUUGUGAGGCUUAAUUAAUGUUUCAGGAUCACUUCAGUGCACCUGCAGUGAAAAGGUCUGUCUAAUUGCUGUGCAACUGUAUUUGUGUUUUAUUUUCUGUAAAGCUUCAUCUGACCAAACCUCUCUGCUGUUCAUAUGAGCAAUUGCUAGAUCAGGUGAGGGUGAGUUUGGGGAAAGGCUAAAAGUCUCAGUUGCUUCUUUCCUUUUCCCUGAGCUAUGCUUUUUAGAGGAGAAAAAAGUUUAGUGACAGUGGCUUGGCUUCUGGAGUGGCAGAUGUUAUGGUAAACACAGUCUUUCAACAGGCUGCAUUGUCCUUGCUGCUUCUGAAUAUGUCUCCAGCUUGCACAAAUGAGCUGAGCCCUAUUUUCAACUCCAUAGCUUUUUUAUCUGUAAGCCAAGUGUACAAGAAAAUAUAACUGUGCCAGGCAAAUAAGUGAAGGCUGACAGCACUUAAUUCCACAUUUACAGAUCAAACAGAUUUAUGUAACUGAAUGUCUCUUUAUGCUUUAAACUGAGUCCUGUAAGUGGGUCUGUUGUAAGUGUCCUGCUGGCAGGGGAAGGAUCCGACCGUGUAUUCUGCCACUUCUCGCUCAGUCUGUCACAAAACUGCAGACCCCUCAGUGUUUGCCCAGUGGGAUCUUUGUGUUUUAUUCAUCAUAAAAGUUUCAGGACUUUUGUUUAAAACAGAAGUGUUUUCAUGCCGUGAUGGAAACCAAGCCCUUUCUCUGCAAUGGGAAUCCAGCCUUUGUACAGCGGUGUGAGACUCGGGGCUUUACCCAGCUAACAGCUGGAUUAAUCAGAUUUACUUGAGAAGUCCUACUCCCUGAGACUACGUGUGUGAGUAAAUGUUCACUGCCGUAGCAAAGGACUGCAGAGGUGAGCCCUGAUGGAGCGUGGGAAGGCCUCAUGAGGAGCGACCUUCACCCCUGAAGUCUGCAGGACAGCCUGUCCCUCCGUGAUGAUUCCAGCCCUCAGUUUGGAGCAACGUUUCCCUAUUUCAGCAUAUGGUACUAGUAGCUUGUGAGUUCUUCCUUGGUCUUUUAUCUGCUCUUCCAGCAGACAGGGCUGAAAGGCAUAUGAGAGGUCACUACACAGAACCUUGAACCUGGGCUGGAGGGAGCACACCCAUGCGUGCACAGAUGCCUAGCUGGUGACUGCACUGCUUAGGGUAGAAAGUUGAAGCCAAAUACAUUUUUCUGCAGAAUGCCAAUCAUUUCGCUGCAAUAAACUAGAGAACAGUUGCUGUGAAGGGAAAUGAGAUAAACCCUCUCUCUGUUUAAAGACUCCUGCCCACACAAGGCUGAUGUGAAGAUGUGUAUGAAAGCACUGCUCGCAUUCAGCUUCCACUAGCACUGCAGCACACACGCACUGCAUCCCGAUCAUGGGCUUACUCCCUCAGCACUGAAUCUCCAUCAUUUUCCAUGGUUGCAGAUCUUCACCUAUCUUGAUAGCAGAUGUGUCUUGCAGGUGAGAGAAAUACUACAUAUGCUUGCAUCCAUGCACGGAGCCUGAUAUAGCAUGGAGCAACCUGUGAGCAUCCCUUGCAGCAGUGCAAGCAAGUGCAGUCUUUGCUUCUAAUGCUUCUAGCACAUAGAUGAGAAAGUGAUUUGGAGCUGGCUGAGAAGAGGCAGGUAAUAUGGGUGGCAGACCAGCUGCAUUGGGAACAGUAAUUCAGCUAUAACAGCCUAACAGAGCAGAGAAGUAAUGGUUUGGUGAGAAAUUUGCUUUUAGAACAGCUGCCUAAGAGAAAAGCCUCUACUCAACACUAACGCACCAGGUCAUAGUUUCAAACUACAAGAUGUUGCUUGGAGAAGCAGGCAGGAGGCUAACUAGUCAUUGCCUAUAGCAGUUCAAGACCCAUAAGUCAGAGAAGAGACAUCGUUAUUAAAAUACAAUGUUUACUUGUUUAAAAAAUAAAAGGGCUUCCAGGGAGAUUAAUUUUCACUUCAGCCUGGCAAUCAUUUCAUCAACAUGCCAGUAUGAUUUAAGACAAGCUGGAUCUGUUCUUCUCUGGAUUAUGCAUCCGAUUUGUCUGCAGAUUUCCCACCCCUCAGAAAUAAAACCAGUUUUUAUUGUUUUAACAAAGAGGAUUUAACAGCAAGGUUUCAUCAGAAUGCCACUGUUGCCCGUGCUGAACUGAGCUUUUCUGCAAUGAAUGUACAUUUUUCAGGGAUAUCUAUAAUACAGCUGAUGAGUGAACUCUGAAUGGUGAUUUGGGGUUUGAAUCGUCUCUGCUGCUGGUGUAUUUCAUUAAGGUCACUGUAGUGAUACACUGGUGAAACACAUGGAGCUGAAAUGAAACUCUUCAUUCCCAGAAAAAGCCUGAUAUUUUAGUGCCUGUACUGAGGAUAGUAAAUCCCAGGAACUCUGGAAUUCCUUUGUAGAUACAGUAGAUUGAUUAGGCAGCAUCUUUUAGGGUUGAACCCUGAGUUCCCUGCUGGACUGACAUGCUGUUACACAAAGGUAACAGCAAAUUCAAAUCAGGAAACAGCGAAUAAACAAAUGCUGCUCCUUAAAGGGCUGGAUGAGUAUUUGUGAAGAUUUAGUAUCCUGCUGGUUUUAUGAUCCAUGGCAUAAGAACGGUGGGAUCUGUUCUGGUACCAUAGAGUGCUGUGCACUGCCUCUGAUGUUAUGAAUAUCUCCAGACUUGCAGUGGAUGCUCACGGUUUGCCAUGCCUGAAAUGUUAUAUUCUCUAGAAGGAUCAUAUUUGUAAGAGAGAGCUUCUGGAGCCUUGCUAACAGCAGUGGAUCUGCCCCAUUAUUAUGGGGGCAUGGAGAGAAAGCUGGAGACAGCCACCCAUCCCAACUGUAGAUUGCCUGUUUCCAGAGCCCCUAGAUUUCUGAGGACGUCAGACCUUGCAAAAAAAUAUUCACAUGCUGUCUGCUUCUUCCUGACAAAGUCUGUCCAUCGCACAGCCCAAAAUCUGCGCCUUCUGCACAACGAUCUGUACUGUUACGCCAGGACGGAGAAGCCGAGAGUAGCUCCUGAAGCUUCAGGUAAACUGCUGUCAACGGAGGAGCAAACCAAGGAGGGCAGGAGAGGCUGAGGAAUGCCAGCAAUGAACAGGAUGAAAUAUUUCAAACAUGGGAGUGUGACAUUCUUCUUGGCUUCUUACCUUUAGAAAUUACAAGCAAGCCCUAUUGUCUAGAUGUGGAUACAAAGUCUCCCUGGGGUUUGAGAACUAAUAUAUGCAAAGAUAUUGCCUUUCUAUGCACAACUUUGUGCUAAAGCACAAAAGAAAACUAGUAUAUUUUUAGCAAACACCUUGGAAAUAAGAAAUUUUUUUAAAAUAAAUCCACUAUUGACUCUUUUGAGUUAAACGGUUUCAAAAAACAUCUACUUCUGUUUUGCAGCUUCCGGGUUGGGAAUGGCUUUACCUGUUAACUCCUUUUCACCAAAAUACUGGAGUGUAUAGUUCUCUGUGCUUUCUGUAAGUAGCUCUGACAGUUCAAUAAAUAAAUUUUGUGUUCGUUGCUGCUGACCCUAGGUAAGGACAGCCUUGAGGAUGAGAAGCAGUGUUACAUAAAUGUCUAGUGUACAUAGCAACACUGAGAAGAGAGAUGCUGCUGCAUUGCUUUUGGUGCACCAGUCACACAUUGAAAUGCUGUCAUUGCAAGGUCACGUUGCUCAGCUCAUACUCUACAUCCCUGGGGAAGAAACUUGGAUGAGAGGUGGGGAGGAAAAGCAAAAACUUCCUGCUUGUGCUGUAACCAAGAAUAUGUUCAUCAACAGCAGGGCAUUUCUUCUGAUUUCAGAAGAGCAUGUCAUUUCUUUUUCAGGGGAAACUGAUUCCCUCCUGGCACUCUGCAGCAGUGUUUGCAUGUUAGAAAUGUAACAAAGUGAUAACAUGUUGCUUCUGAACUGAGUAAAUAACACCUCUGAGCCUUUUCUUCUCCCUUUAAUAAUCUGAGAGAAAUACAAAACACCAGCAAGCAUACAGAGUGGACUGUGUCCUGAGCUGCACUCAGUGCAGCCUGGUUAGGCAUGCUGCGCAGAAACUCUGUGAGCUGCUGGGAAAAGGAGAGGUUUAAGGCAAAGAGGAAAACAACUGUUUUAAGGAGAAACACAGCAGUGAUACAUGAUCUGUAGUCAGAAGCAGGUCAUGUCACAACAUUGGCCAUUACAUCUUUGUAUGGUGCUGAGUCAGAGCCUAUCCUAAAGGUACACUUUGGCAUCAGGGAGAGUCGAGGCCCCUCGGAUUGAAUCUGCAAUGUGAGUUGAAAGCAGGUUUAAAUGCAACCAGGUGAGCCACCUGUGUGCACUUUCCAGCUUGAAGCUCCAACCUGUCAUAUCUGAGGGCGAACUGUGUAGACAAUGAGGUUGUCUGACUCUUGAGUGCAGUCUCAGUUGUGUGGCUAGCUGAGGGUAUGGACAUACCCUCUGUAUUUCUCUAGCUUUGUAGAAACACAUUGUUCAGGACCUGGGGUACAGGGUGUGUUAUUGUGCCACAUUAGGUGUUAGAUGCUUGAAAGCAUGUACUGUCUAGAACAGAUGAGUGAGGUGAAUGCCAGCUUCCACUGACAACUGAAUAUACCCUGACCAUAUCUGCGCUAGUGUUCAUGCAGAAUAAAUGGCAAAAUCUCUGCAGAGAAGAUACAAGUGCUGCAUUUUUCCUUUAUUAUGUCAGAACAACAUAAUUAACUGCUUAAAAAUAUUUGAUAAGAACAUGAAGAUUCAUGUAUGGCAUUAUUCUAUUGCUUAAGCACUUGUAACUGUUUGAUAUGUGCCUCUGAGAAAAAUAUAAUGCCCCCAAGAAGAGCUUAAAAACAUGGCUGAGAUGCAACUUGGCAAAGGGUCUCCACCUGAUAGUGAAGUAUCAUUGUCUGUUGGAGCUGGAUGCAUUGGUGCUUUCAUUAAUCUCUGUCUACUCCCUCUUCAUGGGAGAUGAAUGGGAGCUGAGCUUUCAGAUCCAUUUCUUCCUCUCUGCAUGCCUUAAGCCUUCAUCUAGGUUAGAGAUGUGCCCUAACCUUCGGGUGACUGGAAACAGCCUCAUCCCUGUGUCUCAUAGUUCUCCUUUUCUGUUCUCUCUUCCUCCAUAGCACAUGUUGUGUCAAGAAGCUUCUCCCACCCCCUGCUUCCCUUAACUCAGGAAAAUGCCACUUUGGGAAAUGCAGAGGUCCUCAGUUUUAAUUAUAACAUACACCAGCCCUUAUAGCGCUCCUAAUGAGCACAAACCAAUGGGGGUCUUGUAGUCACCUUGAUUAGCUUUAGAAAAGUGAUGGUUUGCAUCAUCCCAGUCCUGGCGAUGGUUUUUAGAAAGAGAGGAGGGGCAGUGCUGCAAGGACAACUGUGUACAAAAUGGGGAAGAGCCAUAAUAGCAAAGAUUAUGUAAUCUGAAUGAGAAUCAGGGAUUUGCUUUGGUGAAAGUCUGACCAUUUAUGGUCAUCACUGAAAUUAAGUCAUGUUUCUGCUUUCACACGUAGGCGUUUAAGGACAGUGGGCAGUGAUGGAAAGGGUUGCUUUUUUCAAUUACAUUCUCUAUUUCCAUGUAGCCUCUAGUUUAUCAACUGCAUAUAAAUUCCUCCUUUCACUGAUUAAAUAUUUCCUCGCAUGGUUUCUUUGCUUCAGGGAGCUUGAGAGCUCAUUGUUUAUAAAGGGAAAGAAGAAGGAUUGUGCUGUUAAGCAGACAACUCCCAAUACAUAUGUUCUGCUCUGCAUCUUUGAGAAGGAGGCACUGAUGCUGCUGUGACUGCAGAAGGGCAGAGUUUUCACCGAGAUUCAGAUGUGACCAAGAACCUCUUCCAGGAUGUAUAUGUUGAUGAAGCUCUGGGCUUAUUAAUUAGCUUUUUCUGAAAGAAGCCUUAGCCCAUAUGCGCCAGGUUGUGAAACCCUUAUUCCCAUUGAGUUUUUCUCUCUCUCUGUUCCUUCUAAUCACUUACAAGAGCAAAUUUGAAGCAGCACAUCUAG